AUCUAUAUUAUUUGCAGGCAUAAUGUGCUUAAAAACUGAUCAAAUAUGGACGUUUUUGCUUAUUUAGCAAGCGCGUAAUGUUUUAAGUGGUUAGGUGGCUUUUAACUACUUUAGUUUGUGUUAACUAAAUGAAUUAAUAAGAAAUAUAGAACGUUUUUUAGUCUUUACGAUUGAUAUUUUACGGCAUAAUACACAACAAUGCGUGUACGUCUUUUUAUACUUGGCACAAGGGAAGCAAAUAAUGGAAAAGAACAAAUCUACUUAGAGAUCACAUGAUUAUCGACUGGCGGGUUACAGAAUUACGAUGCCACUUGUCGGCUGGCGCAAGAAAUUGCUGAAAAUAUCCAUGAACGCAACAGACAGCAAAGAACAGGGGGAAACCCAGCCAAGAUCAACAUGACACUAAGGGCAUCCCUUCAGAAACUCAAACAAAGUAUUCCCCAACUUAAAGAGAGUUUGCUGAGGGCUUCUUCGUCACGGCGCAUAAUGCAGUCCGAAGCAGACAGGCGACAGAAUCUAAUCGACGACCUGCUGACCAGAGAAAAGCAACUCAAUGCCACUUUUAAAGGCGACAUCCCUGAACCAGCUCCAUCCAGGUCCACAUUAAUGGCAGGAGGAUCAGGAGCAAGCGAAGGAGUAUCAGCCAACCCGUGGCUCAUUAAUGAACCAGAGGAAACAAGGGGGCUGACUUUUGGAGAGAUUAAACAACAGCAGCAACGAAUCAUUGAAGUCCAGGAUGCAGGACUUGAUGCACUAGCAGCAGUCAUCAGCCGACAGAAGAUAAUGGGGCAGGAAAUUGGCAAUGAACUGGAUGAACAGAACGAAAUCAUCGAUGACCUUGCACAUCUGGUGGAUAAGACUGAUGGCCGGAUUCACAAUGAGACACGACGAGUGCAGCUGUUGGACAAAAAGUCAGCUUCUUGUGGAAUGAUGGUGGUGAUUGUGUUGCUGCUUAUUGCGAUCAUCGUGGUAGCUGUGUGGCCUGUGUAGGGUGGAGACAACUAUGAAGAGUACAAUUUGGAUGAGAAAAUGAUUCAAACAAAGAUGAAAAUAUUCUCUCCUUUAGGUUUAUUUUUUUAAGAAUAAUUUCUACAUUGUAAAAGGAUAAGACAACACCUGCAUAAUAUGCAUACCAGUGGAAAUAAUGUUUAGAUUAUUAUGAUAGAUUUAAAAAUAAAUACUGAAUUACGUUUUUCUAUUGUGUGAUAGUGAAGAAAAAUGUAAAUGAAAGCCAGGAUUUCCUAAAAAUAGCCACCUGAAGUGGGAAGCUUAUCAUUUGCAAGUUUCCUACAUUGUCUUAUACAGUAAUAGAGAAUUAACUGUUUACAUACCAGCCAUCACUUUAAUAGUACACAGAUUUUGCUGGGGAAAAACACAAAGGCGAAGGCAGUGCCAGAAUGAUCAGGUACAGUAACUAUAAAGGCUGUGUGCCUACUUAUUUUUUUAUUUCAUUUUAUUUUUUGCUUAAAUUGUUACCCCCUGCUUUCGAGGUUAUCCGUGUUUAUGUGCAUUGGUAUACCUGACCUCACUGUCGUCAGAGCAAUGGCUCCUCUUAUAAGCAGUAUUCUGCUUGUGUUUAUUGUGUUCUCCAUUUUUUGAAAAAUAAGAAGUGAGCGAUUGCAUACUUGAGUAUGUGGCAGUAAUUUAUUCUUGCUGUUGUCUUAUCCUUUUAACUUAAAUUAUGUGCACCCUGACUCGUAUAUCAAAGCUUUGCAAUUUUCUUUGUUUUAACAGCCUUAUUGUAAUGUUGGGAAUAUUUUGUAUUUGUUGACAGUGUUGUUUUGUUUAUAAGAAAUAACCUCUUUAAAAUAAACUUCCAUAGUAUUACAAAUAUGGAGUCUUCCUGCUUUUUAAAGCAAUUUAUAUAUUGUUUAAAAUACAUUUACACUUAAUAACACCACUUUUCCUGGCUGACCAGACUUAAGAAUUAUUGUAUUUUGACCAAAUUUCGCAAAAUUGCUUUAUGAGACAAAAAAAAAAAAAAAAAAAAAAACAUUGAAAG